CAGUGUUCCGCAACUCGACCGACCUGUUCGCGAUGUUCCAUUCAGAAUGUUGAGUGCGAAUACGAGACAGGGCCUGACAUCACCCGCAGACGCGCAAUUGUCAACCGGCUUGAAGAACUCGAGAAAGAGAACAAUGAUCUCCACGAGCUGAUCAGAGACCUUUGUUCACGGCCUGAAGAAGAGGCAACCGAAAUAUUCAAUCGACUACGAUCGACAGGCGACCCGUUCCACGUCUUGGACCUCGUCCGCAUGGGGGACCUCCUCCUGGGAAAGCAGCCUAUCGAAGCUAUCGAAGCUAUCGAAGCUAUUGGCUUCGGGGACAGGAGAAGAAAAUCGAGUCCGUUAUCUUCCAAGCCGAGUUCUGUGCCAGACAAAGCCGACAUGAACCCGUCUGAUCCGGAAGAUUGA